CACGUGACCACAGACAAGAACUUCAUACCAUAUAAAGUUCACCGUUAACCACUGGAUCUGCAAAUGCAGAGUCUUUCCCAAACCGACUCUCUCUCUUGAGAUGGAGGUUCAAGACUGGAUUGAAUCAUCUAUACGAGCGUUCUUCUGCUUGACUGGCAUUACAGGCAACUUCUGGCUGGGUUUGCGCUCUCUUCCCAAAUCCAGAUCUCAACUGCGGCCCAAUGACAUUCUCUUCAUUAACCUGGCCGUGUCCAAUCUCAUCACAAACUGUCUGGUGGAUCUGCCGGACACUUUGGCACAGUUUGUGAACAGCUGGUUCAUGGGCAAAAAUUACUGUGGCGUGCUCCAGUUUUCGUCUGAUCUCUCGGAGACCAGCAGCAUCUUCUCCACCAUGUUCAUCAGCAUGUAUUGGCACCAGAAACUAGUGGGUUCCAUCAGACGUGGAGGAGCUCCGGUGCAGAUGGACAACCUGCGACUCGUCGUCAUAUUGCUCGCUGGGAGCUGGAUUGUGGCGUUGAUGUUCAGCGUUCCCCACUUUUUUAUUGCAGAACAUGAUGGGAACGAGACUUUAGAAGUUUGUGAAGAACAUUUCCCAACACCUGCAGAGAAAAGGACAUUUGAUGCGCUGUAUCUUAUUCUGGCUAAUGUCGUUCCACUUGUUGGGAUCACUUACGCCAGUGUGCAGAUCGUCUUAACGCUGCUGCAGAGCCAGAAACGAAUCAUGGGUCACUCCAAAGGAGCAAAUCAUGCACCUACAGAAGCAAAUAACUCAGGAACAAAAGCAGCAGCCACUAAGUCUAAAGUCGUGAAUAACACCAUCAAUCCUCAACAACAGAAGACGCAGGUCAGAUCCAAUCCGUCCUCUGGCAACCAGGUGCGGGCGGCUAAAAGCGUGGUGGCGGUGGCCACGAUCUUCAUCAUCUGCUGGUUCACUCACCUCGUGCUCCGCAUCUACAGCAGCUUCAGAAACUCCAUCCUGGCUGUGAAGCUGACCAAUUUUAUAGGAGCGUCUUACACCUGUUUUGUUCCAUACGUCUACCUGCAUGGGGUGAAGAAACUCAACUGCUCAUGCUGGUAAGGACUGGGGUGAAAUAUUCUGUGCAACAUCAAAAAGGCAAGGUGAACAGAAUCAAAAUUUAUCAUCAUACUUUUUUAGCAUUACAAGUUUUCUGAAAUGUGUUUCAAUAUGGAAUAAAAUGUUAUAUAAAUCAGGUAAAUUAUACAAUAUGAAUAAUCCCCUCAGUAAAAACCUUCAGAAUAUAGGCAGGAAUAAAUCUGUAAGUUUUGGUGUUUGUAAGUGCUGCUGAAGUGGAGAAAAAACUCUUUAAAGAAAUGUAUUGCAUAUGAAAUCUACAGACGCAAAUAAAUAAAAGUGCAAUAAAAUAAGUGUAUUUUGGAUGUUUUCUUUCCACUAGUAUGAAUAAACAUGAUAUGAAAAGCCAAACAGCCUUAAAAAUUGACCAGUGCAUGAAAAAACUGUAGCAUCUCGCUUUAAAGAUUAAUGGCAAAAGCAUGCACACAAAGUUUGAGAAAUUAGUUUGUACACAACAUGCAUUUGUUUUGGAUGAAAUGUACGUGUGAAAUGUAGCGAAAGAAGGAAUAAAUAACUGGUGUAUCGUUUUUCCACCA